AUGCCGUACGUGACGGUUGACCUGCGUUAUGAAAGUAUUGGUAGUGGUGGCGGGAAGUCAAGAAUCAAGGGUCUCACAGCGCCGUACGUUCACUAUGCUGGGUCCGACUCCGUUCUGACAGCCGAGGAGAUGAAAGAGUAUCCGGAUCUCAAAAUGGUUCAGGCUGUUGCAGGAGCUGUCGUUCUCUCUUUCAACAUACCUGGAGUUCAGGACCUAGUUCUUAGCCUUGAUAUCGCUGCUGGAAUAUACAACGGAACGAUAGUGUAUUGGGAUGACACGUCAAUCCAAACUCUUAACCCUAGCACUACGUUGCCAAAUGAAAGAAUAAUACCGAUUGCUCGAUCUGAAAAGUCUGGGACUACAAAUACAUUUACCUCCGGACUUUCUUCUGCAUCUGAAGACUGGCGUAACACAUAUGGGAUAUUCUCAGAAGGCUACGAUAGAGAAAGUAGGCUCCCAUACAAGUGGAACUCAAGUGUGGUUAAAUUCUUUGGAAGGACUAAUCAAGGCGUUUCUGGACUUGUCCUGUCUUUAGAUUAUUCGAUUACGUACAUAUCGCUUUCAGACGCAAACUUGACACAACUAAAUUACGCGAUGCUAGAAAAUAGCCAAGGAAAUAUUGUAAAUGCGUCAUACCAGUCGGUUCAACGGGCAAUUGUUUCUUCUUAUGGAUCAUAUAACCUUAUAAAUCUGCAAGAACCGUUCGUUUACCCAUUGUCCACGUAUUCAUUUUUUAUUAUAAGAAUGUCCACAAUGGAAGAUUGUGACUCUGCAAUUGAACUUAUAAGAUACAUCGUAUGGUUCACAUCUUCCGAGAAAGCUGCAUACGAUGCAGAACAAUUCUCUAUGGUUGCCCUAGAACAAACAACUGCUACGUUGGUUGCUACAAAUAUUUUGCAGAAAGUAACAUGCGAGGGCCAAAAUGCAUGGAAUUUGAUGCUAGAACAAAUCAAAUCCGAAUCUACCUUUAAGGAGGAAUCAAUCUGGACAAUCUUCACCUACAUUGGAAUCUCUUCUGUAGUAACCGUUUUCGUAAUAUCUUUAGGUAUUUAUAUCAAGUAUGAGUACAAUGUUCACAAAGAAAUUCUGAAUGAUAGUUGGAAUAUACCACCGCAGUCCAUAAAGUUGCACGGGCUGACUGCUGUUCACUAUCACACGUCAGAAGGACAACGCAUUUCACAUACUUCAGUUGAAAUAAAUAACAGUGGGAAUUCUGAUGUUCGCUUAAAAUUUCAUAAACAGUUUGACUCAGACACGAUUAUGAAGUCUGGCACGUUUAACGAUGAAAAUGUUACACUAGUACAGGUUGAGAGAUUAGAUCUAGCUUUCACAUUUAGACAAAAGAAGAAAGUUAUUUGGUUAAGGAACACUAUCAAACAUGACCAUGUUAUGACGUUGCUAGGCAUGACAAAGCUCAAUGGAUUAUGGCAUUCGCUUCAUUCUGGAUUUAGCAGAGGAACGCUCAACGAUAUAUUAAGAAAUCCAAAAUUCAAGUUUCAAAAUAAAGCUUUUAUCAGUGUUGUAAAAGAUUUAUCGAAAGCAUUGAAGUAUUUGCAUGGAAAAAACAUCAUACAUGGAUUCCUGUCAGGAAAGUGUUGUUUUCUGGACAGAUAUUGGAUGGUUAAAAUUGCGGCUUGGAAUGAGAAUAGUAUUCAUGAAGACUCACGUAAAGCUCAAAAUUAUGCAAAAGUUUCAACAUUACUGGAUUCAAAUAACGAGGGGGCUGAUGAAAAACUUCUUUUCGUUGCCCCUGAAAAGAUCAAAUACGGAAAACAAUCUACGACAUCAGGCGAUAUAUACAGUCUAGGAAUGGUUUUUCAGGAAAUAUUUUCACGUAACAAACCUUUCAACGAACUUAACCUGAGAGCGUCAGAAAUUGUUAAUGCAGUGAUAACAUGUGGAAUAAGACCAAGAAUUUCGAGCACUACUCCAUCAGAAAUACAGCACUUGAUGGAGAAAUGUUGGGAGGUUGAUCCAUCCGUUAGACCGAAUGCUCAUCAAAUAGAAACAAUUCUUUGUAAAGAAUUUCCAGACUCUGUUUCCUUCUUAGAUUGCAUGACAAACACACUGGAAAAAUACGCUGCUAAUCUGGAAUCCAAUACAGCUGAUCUCGAGACCGAAUACAAAUUCGCAAAAAGUCAGGCUCAAACGUACAUGUAUGCUAACGUUCCAGAGUCUGUUGCUAAUCAUUUGAUGCAACAGAAGAAAAUCAAGACAUGUACGUUUGAUGACCUUUGCCUUCUGACAUGCGCAAUCACAAACAUCGCCGAGACAGUGCGACAUGUGACACCGGACGGUUUUGUCAAUCUGUUGCAUAGCUUCUAUAUUGGAUUAGACCAACUUUUGUUGCAUGACAAUAUGUUCAGAAUUCAGCGGACAGCUGAUAUGUCUGUUUAUGUGGUCGGAAAUGUCAUCGAUGAAACUGUCAUUUUUGACACUCGGGAGGCUAAAGUAACCGCUGUGAACAUUGCAUCGAAAAUAGUGGUGUUUAAGGAUAAGUUCAAUGUUGAAAAUUUGCAAGGAAUAAACACGUGCGUGCAGCUUAAGCUUUGUAUAUGCAGUGGUUCGGGAUCUACUGGAGUACUUAAAAGUGUUAUUCCACAAUUCAUUGCAUUCGGUCAAGUAGUAGAUAAAGCCCGAAUAUUGAUUGGUAGCGUAGACACAAACAAAGUGCAGAUCUCUAAAAGUGUGGCUGAAGUUCUUACACACGUUCCAGGGAUAAACGUAAAAGUGACAACUAAUGAAAUAAAGGAAUCCUGCUACUUUCUCCAGCCUCCCGGCCAGAAAUACUCCGACCUACCACCAGUGGAUGGAUGA